UACGGUGUAGACGACCGCUUUCAGAGUUCAUUGCCUCAUCUGACAGAUUACUCCAGCACUUUAUCUCCGCUAAAGCCGUCUCCCAGCCGGCCGACGCUUCGCUACCGGAGAGCUGCGCGGUUCCUUGGAAAUGUUCCAAAGACUCAACGAUAUGUUCCGAAUGGCCAGCGGCCCCUCGAGCCGAGAGCCCGGGUUUAGUGAAAAAGAAGAUGAUGAUGAAUGGAUCCUUGUGGAUCUUAUCGUCGAUUCCCGUGCUAGUUUGUCUGAAGAUGCAGCUACCUUUGAAGAAAUCUCCCAUGCUGAUGAGCCUCCUCCGCUGUCCUUUGCAAUGGGUGCCUUGGAACGGUUUGAAAACGGCAAUGACUCUUUGAGCAUUCACGUCAACCCUCCUGCCAUGGAAGAGAGCUGGUUUGUGACCCCACCUGCCUGUUUUACUGCUAGGGAAUUGACCACUAUUGGGGUGGAGACCAGCCCCAUGGAGAACCUUCUGAUUGAGCACCCAAGCAUGUCCGUGUACGCGGUGCGAAACGUGUGCCACGAGGAGGAGGAGGCCGGCUGUGGCUCUGGAUUUCUCAGUUCUGCUAGUUUUGAGUUGGUUACUGAAAAUGAGAAAAAGGGUCAACGGAUACACUGUUAUGUUGCUGCUCGCAUAAACUAUCUUGAAAAGACAAAAACGUACCACAGUUCGAAGCUGUCAAGAAGACAAUCUGAAAAACAUCUUCUGAGCCGGAAGAGCCUUCGGCAGCAAAACCUGGUGCAUGGAUGCCACCCCCGACAGAUCAAGCACAAGGGACUUCUCGUUCACCAGCCGUGCAAACGUCGGUACAAUUAUUGAGGGGGAUUCUCAGUAAGGUCCUUCACACAUGCAGCUCCAACAGGGUAAACGAACCAUAGCGUAGGUCACCUGCCUUUCUGCUAAAACAGCUUAACUCACAGGUUCAGAUCUCGGGCUUACGUAGCGUUAAACCGAGGUCCCUGCUGUUUCUCACCUUUAUGCAAAGUGGUGAUGUUACGCCACUCUAUAUUUCUCUUAUGUCUCUCUGUGUCCACGAAGAGCACAAGUGAAAAUUCUUCACUGGAUUGUAAACUAACAAAAAAAAAA